AUGAAGCAAAGCAUAAUUGACUUAACUGAGCUAGUAUUAGUUUGCCUGUGUCAGACAGUGGGGCCACAUAUGGUUGAUUAUAAUAUUUCGAUUGGCAUGCUUUGUAGAAUAAUUUUUUUUAUAUUCUCAAUCACCCUUAGAGAUGUAAGAUCCUUUACUUGGAGUGAACUAUGGUAUUAAAUUGGUGCAUGGGCAAUGUUUCAUUUGUUUGUAAUUUGCUUUGAAUAUGAAUAUUUGUUUAAAGGAAAAUCAUAAACUGUAAAAAGAGAGGCGAGAUAUAAGAUUUUUGACACAUUAUAGUCAGGUAUUGGAAUCAUAUAUUCCAUAUACAAUUUAGAUUCAUACUAUUAUUACAUCUUCAUAGGUUUUUUUUCAUUGAAUUGUUUGGAUAAUAUAAUUGGAUUGUUGAUAUAUUGGAGAUAAAAAGAAAAACCCUAAAAUCAUGUUCAAGAAGGAGGAAUUAUGGAAUUUUUUAUUGGCUUGACUUUAGGAAGCCUAGCGGUGAGUGGUUAUUUAAUAACUAUUAUAGUUUUAUAUUGGUUUGAAAUUUAGGAGAUAAAAAAUUUGUUGUUUUAUUUGUUUCUCACAGUUGUUGGAGAAUUGAUAAUAUCUGUGUUUUCAUGUUGCUUCAUUUAAUAUAAAGAGAAUUCCUAGAAAAUAAAAUUCUCAAAACAAAUGUUAGGACUUAGUUAUGGUUUAAAUUUUGGAUUGUUCAGUAUUUUUUAUGGAUUUCUUAUUGGCCUAUUUAUAUUUAUUACUUCGAUUAUACUGUGCUUAAGAAACUCAACAAGUUCAAGUCAAGUGCAUACAAUUACUGAGUGA